AUGAAGAUUGUCAAAAUAUAUGUGCAUCUGGCAAGGGGUGAUAAAGGAAAUAUUUUUCUAGCUGCCAUCACUAAGGAUGCGAUAGUUGUCCUCAAAAGAAUUGGUGAAGACGGAAGGAUCAUCCAGGAAUUCAUUGAGCUCGGUUCAAAAGUCAAAGCUGCAGCUUCUGAGGUCAUGGACGCGGAAGCUGCCCUUGGGGACAUAUAUCUUACUCUCAUUGUUGCUUACACUUUGAUGAAGGAUCCAGUUAUUUUACCUUCUUCCGGGAUCACGGCAUUUCAGAGGCAUAUUUUAAGUGAUAAUAGCUACCCAUUUAAUCGAUCCCGUCUUACAUCGGACAUGUUGAUUCCCAACACUAAGCUCAAGGCAAAAAUUGAAGAAUUCAUCAGGUCUCAAGUGUUGAAGCGGCAUGGAGAAGAUUUGAGCAUGCAAAGCAUGAAGGCUACAAUACAGACGACAACGCCUGACGGAAUGACAUUGAUUGAUUAG